AUGUUGACGCUCCUACUGGGUGCAGUGUGGCUAGUGACUCUAGUGAACUCUCAGAACGAGACGGAACCCAUCGUACUCGAGGGUAAAUGUCUGGUCGUUUGCGAUUCCAACCCAACUUCGGAUCCCACCGGGACCGCGCUCGGGAUAUCGGUGCGCUCCGGGAGCGCCAAAGUGGCUUUUUCCGCGGUGAGAAACACCAACCACGAGCCCUCGGAGAUGAGUAACCGGACUAUGGUAAUCUACUUUGACCAGGUAACUUUCACUGACUUGUCUGUCUGCAAUAUCACACUGUAUGGCUACCUUGGUAAUGGGGAGCGAGUGAGCGAGAGUGUGUCGGGAGGGGGUUUGGAUGACUGUUGAAAAUGUAUUUAAAAAGCUCACUGGCUAUUCUAUUCGUGAGUUAGAGAAUGGAGGCUCGCGGUUUAAUAUAGAGAUUAGAUUUAUAGAUAAAGACAGGUGAAAGUAGUCAGCCUUUGAAUAUUUAAGUUCCUUUUGAUGAUAUGAAAUGAAGUCUGACAUCUCUCCAAAUAAUGUAAUACCAUGUCAAGAGGGUGAAGUCAUACUCCAUGCUACUCCAUAUCUCAAAAGGUUAAUAGCCAACAAAUGGCUAUUCAAUUAAAUUAAAUUGUUCUGCUUGGCAGGAUUUUGGUCUCAUAAAAUUAGACAUUUGAGCCCCAGAACUUCGUCGAUGGAUGCAUUCCAAAAUGUAUUAACUUGGUAUUUGUAAUAGUUUUAAUUUGAAACUAACAAAGUUAUAGUCAAAUGCCAUCUGACCUACAAUAUAUCAGGGUGCAUUGCGUGAUUUCCUUUUAACUUUGUGAUGCAAAGACAUUAAAAAGCAUUUAUACUAUGACAACGACGAGUGUCUUCGAUGUUAGUGUGACUUUUCCCUCUUCACACUCUUUCUCUCUUCCCCAGAUACUUGUAAACAUUGGUAAGAAUUUCGACGAAGAAAGGAGCAAUUUCAUCGCCCCGCGCAAAGGGAUUUACAGUUUUAAUUUCCACGUGGUGAAAGUGUAUAAUCGCCAAACGAUCCAGGUCAGUGCACUGUAGGCCUAUAAAUAAUGAAUACUUUAUUUAAUGUGUGUGUGUGUGUGUGUGUGUGUGUGUGUGUGUGUGUGUGUGUGUGUGUGUGUGUGUGUGUACGCACCCGCUGGUAGACCUCAUAAAAGUUGAAUACACUAGUACAUUCAAAAAGAUUCCGCUAGAAAUAAUUUGUAGAUUUGUGAGAUGUCAUUCCCCAGAGAAAAUGAUAGUUUGCAGAUGUAAGUCACCCACUGAAUCAUAAUUAAUCGAUGAGCAUAUGGAGCCAAUUUGGCGCAGGAACAGCCAGUCAGCCAGUACAGUAGCUGCGGGUGCGGCUUCAGGACCUUGGACAGCGGCAGCGUAGAACACGCUAUGUCCUGCUGCGUGGCUUUGUCCUGCUGCCUGGCUUGGCGUUUGCAUUUGACAGCAGGUGAAUAGACCAAACAGACCAAACCCAAACAGACCAAACAGGUAUUUUAAACAAACUACUUGAUUGAUAAUAUCAAUGUCAGCUUUACAUACACAUAUACAUAUUUUACAGCGCAAAUCCAUCGAGCAGCGACUCACAACUACAUUUUCCCAUGCAAGCAACACAAAUGGAGUAGAAUAAUCCUUUGAUGCGUUAAAUAAGCGAAUACACUUGAUCAGAUGUAACCCUUUUAAAAUAACAUUUAACACAGACAACGUGGCUUUUAAAACCAGCCCCUCUUAAUUAGAGUGCAUAUUUCACUAAUUAAACCCUGUUCUAAUUAUGCAGUGAAAUCCACAGGGCUUCAGUAUUACAUGCUGUUAUUCAUCUCUUAUUGGAAGCUAAAUUAAUUAAUUGAAAACAAACCAGGCAAGCCAAAUUAAAAGGAAAAGCCCUGUAAAACCAUAUUCACCCAUCAUGUCAUUGAGUCCAACUAACCUUAAACAGAGGUACAAAUUACAGACACCUGACUCAAGCAACUAACUAUAAUGCAUUAAAACAUAUUUCACUGUUAAUUUUUUUGUCACAAAAGAGUUAAUGACUUUGAGAUUACAAAUGUAGCAUCCUCCAUAUAUAUGUGAAUCAAAUAACAAAGAGGAGAGGAUUCACAGAUAUAUGGAGGAUUCACAGCUCAGUUCAGCUCUGAUACACUAGUCCAACAUAGCCACAACUGCUGUGUUAAAAACUCACACUGUUUGAUUGCCUUAGAGCUGUUUGUCAUGUGGACACAGAGGGAGGGAAGAGGGGAGGGAGAGAGGGAGGUAGAGAGUGACAGAAUGAGAGAGAGAGGGAGAGGGAGAAAAGGAAGAGAGAUGAGAUGAGAGACUAACAUAGAUUUAUAUGGAUUGGUAGGGAUAGAGAUAAUAACUUUCAAGGUUCUUUCUAGAAGGAUGUGGAACAGGAGUGUCUUACCACUCCAGUAUUUUGCUAUUGAAGGAGGAAUACAGGCAUUACCAUCUUGAAACAUCCAUAAAUAGCUCACCUCCUCAUAUCUGUGUAGAUCUCAUUGAGACCAGGGUAUUGAGAAUUGAAUCCACUGAACAUACAGUACCAGACAAAAGUUUGGACACACCUACUUAUUCAAGGGUUUUUCUUUAUUUUUAUUGUAGAAUAAUAGUGAAGACAUCAAAACUAUGAAAUAACACAUAUGGAAUCAUGUAAUAACCCAAAAAAGUGUUAAACAAAUCAAAAUAUAAUUGAGAUUCUUCAAAGUAGCCACCCUUUGCCUUGAUGACAGCUUUGCACACUCUUGGCAUUCUCUCAACCAGCUUAAUGAGAAAUGCUUUUCCAACAGUCUUGAAGGAGUUCCCACAUACGCUGAGCACUUGUUGGCUGCUUUUCCUUCACUCUGCGGUCCAACUCAUCUCAAACCAUUUCAAUUGGGUUGAGGUCGGGUGAUUGUGGAGGCCAGCACUCCAUCACUCUCCGUCUUGGUCAAAUAGCCCUUACACAGCCUGGAGGUGUGUUGGGUCAUUGUCCUGUUGAAAAACAAAUGAUAGUCCCACUAAGCUCAAACCAAAUGGGAUGGCAUAUCACUGCAGAAUGCUGUUGUAACCAUGCUGGUUCAGUGUGCCUUGAAUUCUAAAUAAAUCCCUGACAGUGUCACCAGCAAAGCACCCCCACACCAUCACACCUCCUCCUCCAUGCUUCACGGUGGGAACCACACAUGUGGAGAUCAUCCGUUCACCUACUCUGCAUUUCACAAAGACAUGGCGGUUGGAACCAAAAAUCUCAAAUUUGGACUCAUCAGACCAAAGGACAGAUUUCCACCAGUCUAAUGUCCAUUGCUCGUGUUUCUUGGCCCAAGCAGGUCUCUUGUGUUAUUUUAAAGUUUUGAUGUCUUCACUAUUAUUCAACAAUGUAGAAAAUAGUAAAAAUAAAGAAAAACCCUGGAAUGAGUAGGUGUGUCCAAACUUUUGACUUGUACUGUAGAUACAUGCUUAUCUCCUCCUAAUUCCAUUGCUGUUGAAUGUAAGUAACUAUUCAUACUUCAUAGAGAGGCAGUGAAUUUUAGUUGGCACAAGUACAGAUUGUUCCAACAUGAAACCUCAAGGACAAACAGGAGCACACUUCUCUUUUCAGAGGCUGCCAUUGUUAUAAGUAUACUCCAUGGUCAUAGAGUGUUACAUAUGAGCCCCAAGUACAACGUACUGAACCCUGAAAAAAUCUAUUAACCAACUAAUCAAUAACUGUAGUUUAGUAUGAGUCCCUAUACUAGUGAUGGACCAUAAGGAUUUUGGGCACUGGCCAGAGGGGCAAGUAGACCACAGUUUUUACUAGCCUUGUUCCAAAAUCUGUGCUAGUUGGGUACAUUUUCUACUAGCCCAGUCUGAAAGGUACUAGCCUCGUGCUAGCCUACUUUAGCGGGCUAGCUUAAUUUCAUUCAAGUAAGAUAGAGCAGGCAAACAGCCAUUCAAACUGACAGUGAGAGAUGAAGGCUACAGAACCUCACACUAUACUGGAUGGGGGCUCUUCAGACCAUCCUCCACAUGCAUUAAAUGGACAUUUCACAAUUCGUCAACUUCAUAUUCUUCAUCUCCAGCACCACCCCAACAUCAACAUAUGUGAAACUGGCACGUUUCUAUGUGUUGUAGUAAAAAAAAAAGAGGAAGAUAAGUGUUUCCCAUGACGUUAUCAACCAAUUAGUAGACAAUUAGUAGGCAAUUAGUAGGCAACGCCUAUUCACAAUUGGUCAAACUCACACGAUGCACACCAAUGAUGUCACUGGAAACACUUAUUUUCCUCAAUCUUUUUUACUACAAAACAUUGAAAAAUUUCACAUAUGUUGAUGUUGGGGUGGUGCUGGAGAUGAUGAAUAUGAAUUUGAUAUUUCCCUUUAAAAGAGAAGCAAGAGUGUUGAUUGCACAAGCUGUUGAAUCAUGUGAGCACAUUAGUGUUUAUUAUGAGCCACCAUAUCCGCUGUAAAAACGUGCAUUUUUUAGCAAUCUUCUCCUUGAGUCUCCCUUAGGCAACUUUGAUCAAGUAAAAAAUAAUACUUUAAAAGCAUACUUCUUCCAAAAACAUGACAUUUCUAAAUAUGUCCUUGCUGCCCACUGGCCAGUCAUUGUGUCUCCCUUCACUGAGUGGAGAGAAAGUGGUCUGUUGUCACGUCACUGCUGUCGUCUGUCUCUUUGGACAGGAAAUGAUGUGUCAUGAGAGGAGGAUGUCUUCUUUUUCAUUACAGCUAAGUGCUGCAUUAAACUGUGGGCGGAAACCCACUCACCAAAUGUAUAUCUAAAGCUUCUCUCUCUGGGCUUAAUUGGGUGCUUACGCGUUAAAGAAUUCAGCAGCUCUAUGGAAUGCUGACACCAUGCACCAGCCAUUAUGCCAUUUACACAUGUGCUGUAAUUUGCAGUGGUUGGCGUGAUUGGAGUGAUUGAGUGAUGGUGUUUUUGGGAAGGGGUGGUGAUUACCCCCCCCCCCCCCCCCCCCCCCCUUAAUGAAUACAGGGCUCAGUCAGGGGUUUGUACAUGUGGUCUCUAUUCCUCACCCUCUCACCCUUCUU